GAGGGAGGUGUGUGUGUGUGUGUGUGUGUGUGUAUAGAUGCAGGAACAGACUGAGCUUCACACGGUGUUUGUCUGCACACUCUCCUGUUUCUCUCUCUUCGCUCCAGACGCAGCAUCAGCAGUGAGUCGCCAGAGGACGCGCCAUCGUCACGUCAGAGGACGGGGCAACGUGAGACGGAUCGAGACGCCUGCAGAUCCACGGCCCGGUGGCUACAUGCUCAGCUCUCCUCGGCUUUGAGAAGAUCAACCGUACGAAUCAGCAGCAAACAUGGAUUUUGUCAUGAAGCAAGCUUUAGGUGGUGCCACCAAAGACAUGGGUAAGAUGCUUGGUGGGGAGGAGGAGAAAGACCCGGACGCAGCCAAGAAGGAGGAGGAGCGGCAGGAGGCGCUGAGGCAGCAGGAGGAGGAGAGGAAGGCCAAACACGCCCGCAUGGAGGCGGAGAGGGAAAAAGUACGGCAGACCAUCAGGGACAAGUACGGGCUGAAGAAGAAGGAGGAGAAGGAGGCGGAGGAGAAAGCCGCCAUGGAGCAGGCCUGCGAGGGUUCCCUCACGCGUCCCAAGAAGGCGAUCCCGAGAGGCUGCGGCGACGAGGAGGAGGACGAGGAGAGCAUCCUCGACACCGUCCUCAAGUAUCUGCCUGGACCUCUACAGGACAUGUUCAAGAAGUAAAAAAAAAGAGAGAGAAAAA